AUGUCGGUUUUUUUUAUUUCAUCCGUAGAAACCCACCCCGGUGUGUGUAUGCUUGCAAAAGGCAUUGAAAUCGCCGAUGAAAACGUUCCUCGAUUGUGUGAGGCAGUUUGGAGCGUCCAGGUGAGUCAUCGUCAGCCGGAGCAGAUAAUCGCGAGCAUCGAAGACCUCCUCGAAAGGGUCGUAGCCUCUCCCUCGCUCGUUUCUGCAGGUCUUGAAUCGUUUGCUGGUGCUCAAUUUAGACCCUUUAUGGCGUCUCUUUCUCGGUGGCGACUCCUGUUUGUUCAGUUCGGUCUCGCCGGCAAAACUAUUGAAAAAUUGCACAAAAAUGGAGCGGGCAGUUUCGUUAUGUCAAGCGGCAGCCCAAUUACUAUGCUGAUAUCUCUGCAAGGAGGGAUGUUGCUUGAACCCGUCCGAAAGAGGCUCCUAUCUCCGAAUGGCUGUGUCGAUUUCAAUGUGGACAUUCUCUUGGCAGUGGUUUCUACGGUCGCAGUAUGCUGCAAGGGCGGAACCUCCUUGCUCACAGGCUAAACUCUGAUGCUAAUGGCGGUGGAUGUACUCAUGCCUACUGGCAUCCUUCUGCUAGUGUUCUGUCUCUUUUCCACAGACUUUCUUCACGAAUUGCUUGCCCAAGUCUUCUCCGCCCCCGUACGACCACAAGACAACCCAUCCGAGACGAUGCCCGACUUGGCCGCCAUCCUCGACGACUCCUCUGUCUCCCAGGACGUUGACUUCGAGGACCCUGAUUACGACGUGAAGGUCAAGUCAUGGCAACUGAGGCACGCUAUCCUGAUUGCCCGACAGCUCUCAGUCGAGGACGAGCGCAUCACUGGGUUUUCUUACCAGCAGUGGUGGAUCGCCAAAUUCUCGACCUCACCGUUUCAAUCCAAAGGCGGCGUGAUCGCGAGUCGCCGAGGUGUCGCAUUUUUGGCAACUCACCUCCUGAGUCUUCUGCCGCACGAACACACCGCCACAUUCCUCCGCACCCAGAUUUCCUCUGUGCCAUUUUGGGCGCAAAGAAGCGAAGAUGGCACAUCUGAAGAGGAAGGAUGGUUGGACUUGUGGAGAGAUUAUGCCGACAUUGGCAAGGGCAGACUCGCAGAACUGAGAAAUCCCAGCACAGAGGGUUUGAUGGCACCACCUGGACUAGAAACUGCCUCGGACGAAAGGUGGACGGAAGUCAAGCCACUUGUCGAGGAAUUCGCCGAUCAACUUUCGAGGGGUGUUCAAAAGGAUAGUGCUAAGGUCCCAUCAGCGAUAGUCGAGAUCGGUCUCUUCCGGCCGCAAUACCUGCGCGAGGUUGUCAUGCCUCUCCUGCGCUCGCCGCCACCCCUGACGGACCCACAACGCGAGGCCUGUGCUCUUCUUGUGCGUCUGCUGGAGUCGCGCUUUUGCUUCAAGUCGACGAAGGCCAUUAACCGUCCAGCGAAACGGAAUGUUCGUAACACACCUGUUGCAAAAUACAGGAAAAAUGUUAAAUAG